UCCCAGUUUCACUCUGUUCUAUCGAGAAUGGUCCAAAUCGCAAUAGCAUUGCCAACAUGGGUAUUCAAGUGUUUUACCGCCAUCCAGCUUUGGAACCUGCUGCCAAUGAAGUGACACUCGCAAAGAUACAGGCAGUGUGUGGAGAGAUAACCGGGGUGACACUAGAUACAGAGCUGUGCUUUUACUUUGUGGUGGAGCAGGGAAAAGAUCUGACUGCUGAUGAGCUGAAGAAGGUACUCUGGGUGAUCAGCAUCCCUUUCAAGGAGUCUGAUACAUCUCGUUGUAGCUCUCUGCCAUCAAAGACUACAGAACAUCAGCUCCUGUUUGAAAUUGGCCCAAGGUUAAACUUUUCCACCGCAUUUUCCACCAACGCCGUCUCCAUUUGCCAUUCAUUUGGACUGAAACAAGUCACGAGGAUCGAAUACUCCACACGCUACCUCAUCACUUGCAAUGACAGUCAAACGAAUGGUGGUGGCGAUGCCCCAGCACCACUUGCCAAACUCCGGAAUGAUAUCAUUGCGUCGCUGCACGAUAAGAUGACGCAAUGUUGCUAUGAGGAGCCAAUCAAAUCCUUCGAUUUGGAGGUCAAAUCUGAUAGUGUUUAUGAGAUUGACAUCGUCGGUCGAGGGAGGGCAGCUUUGGAGGAGGCCAAUGCUGAGAUGGGCCUAGCUCUUGAUGAAUGGGAUCUCGACUACUACACCGAGAUGUUCACCAAGAGGAUAAAGAGAAACCCAACGAACGUGGAAUGCUUUGACCUGGCUCAGUCCAACAGCGAGCACAGCCGCCAUUGGUUCUUCAAGGGGCGUAUGAUCGUAGAUGGGAAAGAGCACGAGGACUCGCUCUUCAAGAUGGUGACAAACACUCAGGAACAUUCAAAUCAAAAUAGCGUCCUAGCAUUUUGUGAUAACAGCAGUGCCAUAGCAGGCUACCCUAUAGACGUCCUCCAGCCUUCAACUCCUGGUGCACCCGGUCCAUUCAAAGAAGCGUCCUUGACCAGAGACAUCAUUCUGACUGCCGAAACGCAUAAUUUCCCCACAGGUGUUGCCCCAUUCCCCGGUGCCACCACUGGGACCGGUGGUCGAAUCCGGGAUGUCCAUGCUACGGGUACUGGUGCUCACGUUGUUGCUGGAACAGCAGGAUACUCCUUUGGAAAUCUCAACAUUCCUGGUUAUCCCCUACCAUGGGAAAGUAAGGAUGCCAUCCACCCACCCAACUUUGCCCCUCCUCUAGAAAUUGCCGUAGAAGCCAGCAAUGGUGCCUCAGAUUAUGGGAACAAAUUUGGUGAACCGGUCUUGACUGGCUUUGCCAGGUCGUUUGGUUUGACGAUGCCAAAUGGUGAACGACGGGAGUGGGUCAAGCCGAUUAUGUUUAGUGGUGGUUUGGGGUCGAUGGAGCACAUUCAUAUCAAGAAGGACCAACCAGAAAAAGACAUGGCAGUUGUAAAGUUAGGUGGACCCGUCUAUCGUAUCGGAGUUGGUGGUGGCGCAGCAAGCUCUGUGCAAGUGCAAGGAGACAACAAGUCAGAACUUGACUUUGGUGCGGUACAGCGCGGUGAUGCGGAGAUGGAACAGAAAAUGAAUCGUGUGAUCCGUGCUUGUGUGGAGAGUGGUGAGGGCAAUCCUAUCCGUAGUAUUCAUGAUCAAGGAGCUGGAGGAAAUGGCAAUGUCCUGAAGGAAAUCUGUGAACCAGCUGGUGCCAUAAUUCACGUCGGAAACUUCCAACUCGGGGAUCCAACGCUGUCCGUUCUGGAGCUCUGGGGUGCUGAAUAUCAAGAAAGUAAUGCAAUAUUAGUGAGGAAUAAAGAUUCUGAUCUAUUGAGGAAAAUCUGUUCCCGAGAAAGAUGUCCAGUAUCGUUUGUUGGCCAGAUCACAGGAGAUGGAAAGAUCCGCCUAGAAGGAGAACUUCACUCCAAUGAUACUGCAGACUAUGAUAGCGGGAAGAAAGCCAGAACCGACAUAGCCUACCCAGUCGAUUUAGAACUUGACUGCGUCUUAGGAAAGAUGCCCCGGAAGGUGUUUAACCUGAACCACGUGGAGCAAGUCUUCCAACCAUUCCAUAUUCCUGGUGACGUGACUGUGAUGAAUGCACUGGAGAGAGUGCUGAGGCUUCCAUCAGUGGCGAGCAAGAGAUACUUGACUAAUAAGGUUGACCGGUCUGUGACUGGUCUAGUUGCUCAACAGCAGUGCGUCGGACCCCUCCAUACUCCCCUAGCUGAUGUCGCCAUCACUGCUUUGUCACAUUUUGGAAAAGUUGGUGCUGCCACGGCGAUUGGUGAGCAGCCCAUCAAGGGAAUGGUCAACCCAGCCUGUGGAGCUCGGAUGUCAGUAGGUGAAGCACUGACCAACUUGGCUAUGGCUAAAAUCUCUUGCCUGAAGGAUGUGAAGUGCAGUGCCAACUGGAUGUGGGCUGCCAAGCUACCUGGUGAAGGGGCGACCUUGUUUGAUGCCUGUAAGGCCAUGUGUGAUGUGAUGAGGAACCUUGGUGUUGCUGCUGACGGUGGGAAGGAUUCUCUCAGUAUGGCUGCGAGGGUCGAGGGUGAAAGUGUCAAGGCGCCUGGAACUCUUGUCAUCUCCGCGUAUGCUCCAUGUCCCGAUGUCAACCUUACCAUCACUCCGGAUCUCAAGCUACAAAAUGGAUGUCUGUUGUAUGUGCCAUUGAGUGACAAGUACAGAGUUGGAGGGAGUGCCCUUGCUCAAUGUUAUGAGCAAGUUGGUGAUGUUGUGCCAGAUCUUGACGACCCAGCACAGCUUGCUGCUGUAUUCAACACAAUACAGGAACUCCUGGAUGGUGAACUGCUGGUCUCCGGUCAUGACAUCAGCGAUGGUGGCCUGAUCACUUGUCUCCUUGAGAUGGCCUUUGCUGGGAACUGUGGGAUUAAUGUGGAUAUACCUACAUUACAAGCAGGAGCCUCUGUGAUGGACGUCCUGUUCUCAGAAGAGCUAGGUUUUGUGUUUGAAGUUGAAGAAAGCAAGUUGGAGGACGUGAAGAAAAGGUUCCAGGCAUCUGGGGCAAAGUGCUAUCAUCUUGGACACUGCCAGGGUCUUGGGAAAUCUGCCGAGAUAAAAAUUAAAUAUGAUGGAGAAGAUGUUCUCUCUCUACCGAUGGUGACGUUGCGGGACAUGUGGGAGGAAACCAGCUUCCAGUUGGAGCGUCUUCAGACGAAUCCCCACUGCGUCGAGUUGGAGCAACAAGGUCUUAGAGAGAGAGUGGCACCUCCUUAUAAAUUGACCUUUGAUCCAAAUGUUGCGCCAAAGAGUCAUUUGAAGAAUGGAAGUGCUCAAUCAGAUUUAGACCAGCCCAAGGUGGCCGUGAUCCGUGAAGAGGGGAGUAACGGAGACCGAGAGAUGGUUGCAGCUCUCCACAUGGCAGGAUUUGAAGUGUGGGAUAUCAACAUGGAAGACAUGUGCUCUGGAGCUGUCACUCUUGACCAGUUCAGAGGGGUCGUGUUCGUGGGUGGAUUUAGUUAUGCUGAUGUUUUUGGAUCAGCUAAAGGUUGGGCAGCGACUCUCUUGUUCAACCAAGCCAUCAGGGAACAGUUUACCAAGUUCAAGGCGCGCCCGGACACAUUCAGUCUUGGCAUUUGCAAUGGAUGUCAGCUCAUGGGACUACUGGGCUGGAUUGCCCCAGACCAGGAGCUGCCCUCGGCAGAAGACAGGCAUGACAAACAAGGUGUUUUCCUCACCCACAAUAUUUCGGAGAGGUUCGAAUCUCGUUUUGCUACUGUGAAGAUCGAGAAGAGUGCUUCCAUGAUGCUGAAGGGGAUGGAAGAUUCAACUCUCGGCGUCUGGGUGGCUCAUGGAGAAGGCCGAAUGGUGUUCAAGAACAAAGCUACUAAGGACUUUGUCAACAGUGAGAAUCUCACCGUCGUAAAAUUUGUCGACGAUCAAGGGCAGCCCACUACAACAUACCCGCUCAACCCUAACGGUACAGAGGAUGGUUUAGCCGGUCUCUGUUCUAAAGAUGGCCGCCACUUGGCCAUGAUGCCACAUCCGGAACGCACAGUGUUGCCAUGGCAAUGGGCGUGGAUGCCACGGGAUUGGCAGACGACGAUGAAGGUGUCACCUUGGAUGAGGAUGUUUCAGAAUGCUUACAUUUGGUGCAUGGAGAAUUAAAUUACGCUCCAACGUUUUUUGCCAGCUUUCAAGAAAUAAUUGGUUCAAAUACCUGGAAAUUAUCAAAACGUUAGGACAUAAAGGCUCUCCAUCAGUUUCUAUUGGUACACCAUUUGUGGCAUAAUCGAUAAUAUUUUUGCAUUUACUUUUCAUUUUUCAAGGUUAUGGUUUUUAAAAUAUCCCUUGUUUGGCUGUAAGGCUGAUUACACUGUUAUGAUCAUGAGAUGUUAAGAUUGUUAAAGCAAAGUUGUAAACUUUUAUCCUCAAAGGAUUGUUGAAUUUGUAAUCCAAGCCAACCAAUGCAAAUCAAGCUCACAUGGGUGAGCUUAUAUUAUGCUGUCUCUGUCGUUGUUGACAACACUGCCAUUCCCAUUCUGUUUGUAUUUAUAGACCAGGGAUUGCCAAGUAAUAUGUAGCACUCUCAAUUGAUACUGCCUAACAAAUUUUCUUUUAAGGAAUAAAUUGGUGCCGGUUAUCUAUCCUUUCAAA